GAUAAGGCGUGAUCUUUGAUUUGCGAGUUGUGUCAUAUGACAGAUAGUAUAGUAUUUGUCAUAUAUUUUUAAAAUACCAUCAAUUAACAGCCUUUUUCUGACUCAUUAAAAUAUUAAACACUGAAGCAAGUAAUAUCAAGUACAAGCUUGUUAUAUGGAAACGUCAACUGAGGAGUAAUACGUGUCUAAGCCUCUGUAUUUCGCUUCGUCGCUUGGCAAUUGUUUGACCGUAUCAUCUGCUCCGCUGUAACUGACUAUAUUACAGCGCUGAGAGAUGUCUUUUGCAGAAAAAAUUGGUGCCCUAAUGCAGAGACCAGGUCAAGAUCCUGUAGCUAAAGAUGACAUCCCGUGGUGGAUGAAAUAUGCAGGCCGUGGAUUAGGAACCGUGGGCAGUUUAGUUGCCAUUGGGCUGGGUGUCUGGAACUGUGUUGGCAUUGUAAUUGGCCAAGUUGACUGCCUUAUUGGUGGAAUGUGGCAAAUGUUAGCUGGUUUCCUGGUUAUUGUAGUUGAGGCUCCCUGUUGCUGCAUGUUUCUGGAUUUUGUUCAAAAUAUCAGUGACUGGGUAGAAAAGAGGCCAUAUUGGAAUAGAGGAGCAUUCUAUUGCAUCAUAGCAUUGCCUGCAAUCUUCUUGUGUCCUGGCUUGGGCAGCAUCUUUGGCAGUGGACUAAUAUUCACGACGGGUGUGAUAUAUGGCCUGAUGGCACUAGGGAGAAAGGCAACGGCAGAGGAGAUGCGUAGUAAUGCUGCCCAGCCAGACGGACUUCCAACGGGAACCCAUUCCAACCUUGUUGAUCAUGCUCAGCCAACAGCUGUCAGCGAUCCCCCAAAAUCCUCAUUAGUUGGUGUAGUAUGACAUAUUGGUUCACUAUUACCAAUUCUUUUGCUGUGGAAACUACCUGUGUAAACUGAAAACAUUGGUGACUGCCAUUUAUGUGAUUGUGCUGACUUAGUCAAUUUACAGUGUUAUGCCAUUUUGGUCCCCUCAAUGUACCAAAAAUCAUUUUAGUCAUUUAUGUGCUUUUGCAUUUAUUAGAAUAUUGUUUAUAGCUAAAACUUGGUAGAUCAGUGAUAAAGAAAGAGUAUGUUGCAUUUGUUAAGAUUUAGGCAAAAUCUGGACUAAGAAAUCUUGAUCACAUUGUGUUUUGUUUGUGCUAUUCUUGUAUACACUGUCACUGUGAUAAUUUUUGGACUUGUGUGUGUGUGUAUUGUUGAAUAUUAUUAGAAUUAUUGCAUUUAGAAAUGUUGUAAUAUUUCAGUGUGGUAGGGUUUUGAGUGUGAUCAACAAGUGACCAGCGUAGUAAAUAAACAAAUGUUCUUAAGUUAUACUCUUUUUAAUCUUAGACUGAGAAUUGUCACUGCACUUCAUGCGGUGUUAUCCACCAGAUAAACCGAAAUUAGGGUAAGUAUUUAUUUGCAAUGGAAAUGCCCAUGUCCUCUUUUUUUUUUUUUAAAAAAAAAAAAAAAAAAAAGAGGGAAAAUAAAAUAAAAAGGGCAAGAUUUCAUUCCAAUAGGACUUCCUUUAACUGCUAUUAUAUGAUUAAGUGCUAUAUUUUGUAUUAAUUAAUAUUUAGUGUGAAUGUCAUUUUUGUAUUCAUUUGUUUUUGUCUUUGACACACUUUUUUCCUUUGUAAGACUGAUGGACUACAUGUUUUAAUGAUGUGCAUUCGUGAUUGCAUUUUUGUUAUUUUACUUUUAACAAACUUGUCAUUUGGUGUACCCGCUCUUUGUAGAAGGUAUCAUUGUAAAUCAGUAAUCAUAGUUGAAAAGGGUUAAGAUACAUAAUCGAUUCGCAUUGAGUAACAAAUAUGGGAGCGAUUUGGAUAUGCUGAUGUUACACAAUUAUGGGUGUAGAUAAUUAGGCAGUGUGUAUGUACCAGAAUGUAAUGUAAAUAACUGUAUGGCAGCUCCUGAGUUCUUCUUGGUUGUGUAAGUAAUGUAAGAAAAAGUUUGAUCAGAAGAGAAUAAGAAUAUAAAUAAAUUCAGGAAAUGGUGGUUUUGUUGUAAAAUUUUAAUUUAGGAAUGUUAUUUAUACUGUAAUAAAUUCAUUGAAUGAA